UAUAUGUUAAAAUCUCUGAAAAAGAUUCGAGAAGGCUUUGAAGAUUAAACAGAAGAAAUGAUUUCAUUAUGAAAUGAUUUGUCAAAUUCUUUCGUUACCGUGAAACUAGAGAAUUAUCGAUCUAACAAGAAAUACCUUCGUAGAUUGUUCCUUAAUGUGACGUACAACGGUUUAAUUCGUUUAUAACCGGCAUCUGAUUGAUAGCAAUGCAACGGGCUAGAAGGAAAAAAAGCAAAAGUAAAAAAAAGAAAGUGAAAAAGAAAUGUAUCGACGAAAGGGAGACCCUGUCUUACGAACAAGAGAUCUUAGAUAACAACAGACAGUUGGCACGAUUGAGAAGUCGAAAUGAAGAACUGGAGGAACAAGCAGAACUUGCAAAAGAGAAGUUCCGGCAGUUGGAAGAAGAUCGCUCGGAUGUAAUCGCACAUUUAAAAAGAAGUCUAGAAGAAAAAAUUGAAGAGUCAAAGGAGCUUUCUGAAAGACUCACCGCUUUAGAAGAGUUACGAAAAGAUGAACUGGCUGCUUAUAAGAAAAAGGAAGAAGCGAUGGAUAACGAAUAUCGCACGAUGGAGAAUAAUUUGAGCGCAGAAGUUAAACUAGCUGCUGGUAAAUUAAAUGCACUGGAAGAUUGGCGAUUAGCUCGACUUGAUCUGUUACAAAAAUUCGAGAAACAAGAACAGGAAAUGGCUGAACAGGAAAAGCGACAUAAGGAAGAACUUUACGAAGCUGAGAAGUCUGUGGUAGUCGGAAAAUCAGUGAUGCAGAAAGAGAUGAAAGAACAUUUGCAAAUUUUAUCGGAGAGACUUCUGAAGGCGGUCACAUUGCGGAUAACGGAAGUCAUGAAUCGUGCAAUUCAUGAAAACGUGGCAUUGAAUCGAGAUCUUGAUAAAUUGCUGAAAACCAACAGAGAACUCGAUGCCAUCAACAUCGAAAGCAAGAAAACGGAACAAACGUUAAGGCUGAAAUGCGAAUUGUUCGAAACCGAGACGCAGAUAAUAUUGAAUAAAACGCUGAAACAAAGGCAUGCGAUUCAUCAAGUCGUCGAGGAAUAUGAAUCGUUGAUUAUGUAUUAUGGACAAGUACAGAGAAGUAAUGUUCGUCUGAAGCAAUUGCAAAGUAUCUUAGAAAAUAUAAUUAAACGAAAAGAUGCACUCCUAGAUAAGGAAAUAAAACAAUACGAAAAAAAUAUCUUGAUGGCUAGAAAUGAAAAUAAACGAUUAGUGAAAUUAAUUCAGAACAAAGAAAAAGAAUUGGAUGCACUUAAAACUAUUUUGAAUACUGCUACCACAUUUCUUAACGAAGCUUUGCAGGUCACAGAAAAAGCUUAUAAUAACCAACAAUGCCUUGGAAAAAUGGCACCAAAACUAUUGCAGUCUCUCAUGGAAAUAUUGCAAACUGAGACCAUUACUAGUGCUGUAGAUUACUCACCAUCAGAGAUUGAUAAUAUUGAUUGUAAAUACACAUUGGGAUGUUUGGGACUUAUUGAACCCAUUAAAGAAGGAAAGGUUGCUAAAAAAGAAAAGAAUGAUAUUCAAGAAGAAGUACAAGAAGGAGAAUCAUUGAAAGACUUGGAAUGUAUACCAUCAUGCUUAUUGAGUGAUAUUAGUUCUAGUGUUUCCUCUCCUAAAGAAUAACCAAUUUUGUAUUGUAUAUUUUAGUUGUGGUAAUUGUUAUAUUGCCACAUAUAUUAAAUAACACAAAAAUUA